AGGUUUUUUAUAACUUUCAUAUGUUUGGAUAUUAUGAUAGUAAUUUAUUUAUACUAAAUGUGACUAUAUGGUAAUUACCCGUAUUAAUUAAGGUGAUUUGUAUUCACCCUGUGUGACUUCACUUCCUGUCUACACCUUUAAAAGUUUGUGAAUAAUCAGUUUGUUUUACACUUGAUAAAGGGCGUGCAGCCUGAAACAUGUUGUGAAAAAUAAAUCACUUAGCAGUUACUCUGCAUUGCGUGCUUUCUCUCAGUUCCAUUGAGCUAUUGGAUCAUUUGUUGCACCUGGAGCGGGGGUGUCCUGCUGAGAUAGAGAGCCUGAAGUACCCCAAUACCCAGUCAUCUUCAUUUUGUUGUCUUUGCCUAUGUAUUGCCCCUUGUGUAUAAAACACUAGCAGGUGUUGCCUAUUGCUGCAUACACAAAAUCGCAUGGUCUGGCAAGAUGUAUUGUGGGCAAAAAAACAGUACUUUUUUAAAUUAACUAAAUUAAUAAAUUAACCCUAAUUAGAUAUUUUCAUUGCAGGUAGACGUUUGCUGGAGAAAUAAGGAUGGAAACUCCAGAUGGACCAUGGGCUUGGGUGGUGCUGGCAGCUGUUAUGUUGACACAGGGGUUGAGUUUGGGCUUCCCCACCUGUAUUGGAAUAUUUUACACAGACAUUCAGUCCUCCUUCCAAGCGUCCAACACUGAGACCUCAUGGUUCCCUUCAAUUAUCAUGGCUGUCCUGCAUGCCGGAGGACCACUUUGUACCAUCAUGGUGGAGAGGUUUGGCUGCAGAGUAACAGUGAUGGUUGGAGGACUCCUGUGUGGGGUGGGGAUGGUUACCAGCGCCUUCUCUCGGACCAUAAUUCAUCUAUACUUGAGUGCCGGGCUUGUUGGAGGUUUGGGUCUUUGCUUCUGCUUCCAGGCUGGGAUCACUGUGCUGGGAUACUACUUUAUUCGGCGUAGGACUUUGGCAAAUUCAUUGGCCUCUGCUGGGGCAUCUAUUGGAAUGGCAUUGUGGCCCCUGGCAUCUCAGCAUCUUCUGGAAUCAAUGGGCUGGAGAGGUUCCUUUAUGCUCUUUGGGGGUGUUCUGCUCAAUUGCUGUGUUUGUGGGGCUAUUAUGAGACCUGUCAGAACUCCAGAACCUACUCAUGAAAAGGAGGCUCUAGCCCCAGAAGCACCAAAUGGAAUUGAACACAAAGUAGAGAAAACAGAAAAUGGCAAAGGCUUCCAAAGAUACAUGGCUUUUGACCUCCUGUUUCGACAUCGUCGCUACCAGAUCUAUGCCAUAGGUGUUACCUGGAUGGUUCUAGGAUUUGUCUUACCACUUUUUUACUUGGUCCCAUAUGCAACCAACAAUGACAUUGAUGAGGCAAAAGCAGCACUGCUGCUAUCUCUCAUUGGCUUUUUGAAUAUAUUUAUGCGUCCCAUGGCUGGUUUGGUGUCUCAACAAAAGGUGUUUCAUGGGCGGCUUAUUUACCUUUUUAGUGUAGCAGUAAUUUUAAAUGGACUCAGUAACUUAGUUUGUGCAAUAUGGGUGUCUUUCCCAGUGUUGUUGACUUACUGUGUCUUGUACAGCAUAACCAUGAGUUUCAUUGGAUCACUUAUCUUCCAAGUGCUGAUGGAUACUGUUGGGAUGAAGAGGUUCCCUGGAGCUUUUGGCCUCUUCACCAUCCUUGAAAGCAUAACUAUCAUGGCAGGACCACCUCUAGCAGGGUUGCUGGUAGAUAUAACAGGUCAGUACGGACUAGUUUUUUAUGCCAGCAGUGCUGCAGUCACCUCAUCUGGAGUCUUUAUGGGUUUGGCCUCCUUUGCAGUGGACAGGAGGGAAGCAAAAGCCAGAAGGUGCAGUCAAAGUCCUACAGAAGUAACAGAUAAUAAAGACAAUGGUGACACAGUAUAUUCUCCCUGUAAACAGGAAGAUGUUAUAUUGUGAGUGAACCGAUUGUAGGAAGAAUUUUAAUCGAUUGCAUCAGGGAUGAUAAUGCAUAGCCUGCAAUCUGUAAUUUUCCUCAUGUGAAGGCUGGAUUCGGAUCCACAGUACUGAGACAACAUUGUGAUGAGCAAGGUGGACUUGGGCGAGCUGUAGCCUGCGCGAAAAAGGGGAUUUUAUACAACCCUGAUAUAGUUGUUUUGUUUUUUUUCUAAUAAGCAUGGAGCAAAAUAAUGCCUCUUCUGGCAGGAGGAAAAUCUCACAGUAUUUCUAAAGAAUGUCUGAGCUUAGACAGUCAUGCAUUUUCCUUGUAAUGUAAGCGUGUGGAUGGAUGAGGUCCUCAUUUAUCUUCAGUGUGCAAAAUGGUGAGCAAAGUCCUUCUGUACGGAUGUGCUGCUGUCGGUUAAGUGGAAAUAUAUUGUGUUGACAAUGCUUUCUAUAUGAAUAUUGGGUGCUCAGCUGAAUGUUCUUUUAUCACUUGACAGCAGACAGUCAGUCAAUAUUAUGCAAUGAAGGUAACUACAAUUGCAGCUUUUUGCACAACCCAUUUAAACCGGCCAAUGUCCAAAGAUUCCCAGGUUAAGCAGCAGUUGUCUGAAAUACUUCCUAUAUAAGGUCAAAAGCCAAAUAGCGGAGGUUUGUUUGCGGCGACUGCAAAUGUACAUUUUUUAAGUGGCCUUGAAAAUGCAACCAUAACAAUCAAUCGGUCAAGAUUCUAACUGCGGACUGGGUAUGGACUGAGUCAUAAGAGUAUAGCAUUUAACCUCCAAAUCCAGUGCAUGUAAAAACACUCUAUUGCAAUAUGAAUAUGAAAUAAGCUUUAUUACUAUCUCAGGGGCAACCAAAGUCUUACGAUUGUCUUAAAGUUGCAUUAACUCUUCAUCUGAAAGACUAAGAAGGAUAAUUAUAGAAACAAGUGUAGGCUGCUUCACUAGGUGAAUGCAAACCAGGGAACUAUCUCGAAAAUGAAAAUAUAAUAUAUAAAUAAUAUAAUAUAAUAUACGCUUCCCCAUACUGAAGUA